AUGCCUUCUGCCCAGCCUGGGCCUCAGCCCACAGAUGCUUCUAACUCGUCGCCUAAACGCGGUCUUCGCUUUUGGCUCAUCUUCCUAGCUGUUGGUUGUGCGCUUUUUCUGUCGCCUUUGGAACUUACCUCGGUAUCAACUGCGCUUCCUUCAAUUGUACGCGACUUGGGUGGGGAUAAUUUCAUAUGGAUCACAUCCUCGUACACAUUGGCUUCAACGGCAAUUCUUCCUAUGAGUGGGGGAAUCGCACAGAUUUUUGGUCGUCGUCCUGCUAUGCUGCUUGCACUGGGUUUAUUUUCGUUAGGAAGCGCACUAUGCGGCUCGGCAAAAAGUAUUCCUUGGCUCAUCGGUGCCCGAACUGUACAGGGAAUGGGAGGUGGCGGAAUCCUUUCCAUCUCCAACAUAAUAAUCAGCGACCUUGUUCCUCUCAAGGAACGCGGAGCGAUAAGUGGUGUUCUUGGUCUCGUGUGGGCUCUUGCUGCGGCGCUUGGUCCUCUUAUCGGCGGUGCAUUCACUAAGGGUGGGCAAUGGCGCUGGCUAUUCUACAUGAACCUUCCGAUAUGUGGUGUUGCUUUCGCCCUGGUUCUCCUUCUCCUCAAGCUUCCUACUCCUCCUGGAAAUCUUACAGAUAAGCUGAAGCGCAUGGACUGGAUCGGCAAUGGGAUCGUCAUCGCAAGUUCGACUGCUGUUGUAAUUGCCCUUACUUGGGGAGGCGCAACAUUUCCAUGGUCUUCCUUCCGUGUCCUUGUUCCUCUCAUAGUCGGUCUUGCGGGUAUCGUCGGCUUUGGUUUCUACGAAGCACUAGUAGCAAAAGAGCCUAUCAUGCCGUUUUCCUUGUUAACCAACCGAACAAGUCUGAGCGGAUAUGUUCAAACAUUCAUCAAUCCCGUCGUAAUGCUUUCCGUGAUCUAUUACCUCCCUGCAUACUUUCAAGCCUGCAAAGGCGCAUCACCGCUACGUUCCGGUGUUGAAACUUUCGGGUUGAGUAUGACCCUUGGUCCCGUCGUCAUUCUCUGUGGAUGGUCAGUGACUAAGCUUGCCAAGUACCGUCCUCAAGCGUGGUUUGGCUGGGUUGUAUUGAUCAUCGGAACUGGGCUGCUCUCGACCGUUGAUGCAGAAACUUCGUUGGCCCAUUCCAUUGGAUACUCGGCUCUUAUCAGUAUUGGUGGCGGAACGGUUUAUGCAAUAACUUACUUUCCAGUUCUGGCUCCCUUGCAAGUUUCUCAAAACGCCUAUGCCCUUGCUUUCUUUGCAUUCUGUCGCUCCUUUGCCGGGGUCUGGGGUGUGACCAUCGGAGGCACUAUUCUCCAAAACGAACUCUCAAAACGCCUUCCUGCCUCAUUCGCCCAGUCCGCCCUCAACGGCGGCAGUGCAGAUAUUGCGUACUCCCUGAUUCCUAUCAUACAACAACUCGAAGAACCCUUACGGACCCAAGUCCGGGAUGCGUUCGCGGAUAGUAUCAUUCGAGUUUGGCAGACAAUGAUUGGGAUUGCAGGAAUCGGUUUACUUUCGUCGGUGUUCAUGAAAGAGGUUGCAAUGCACAAAAAGGUGGAUCAGGACUGGGCUUUGAAGGAGAAGGAGAGGAAGGCUGCGGAGGCUGAGUCUGAUUCUGUCUGA